AAAUGGGCUGAUGUGCAUGACUUUGAAAUCAGGACGUUUACUUGUAAGGGAGUAUUUCCUACACUCUUGAGUACUUCAUCCACGUCUGGCAUUCUUUUCAGAUACAGCAUUCAUAUAACACAGAAAAACAGCCACAAAUCGAGCCAUGCCCUACUCGGAAAUCACCUGAGAUUCCAGCGAUGUUCGUCAUCUGUUUGUUUACCAGCGGCCUCAUAAGAAGUUUCUGUACACAAAGUAUCAGUUUUUAGAAGGGGAAUCCUGAACUGCCACUCCACACUCAUGUGAUUUCUUGGAACUGCUGGGGUAAAAGGAAAGUGAAAAAGAAAAUUGGGGCGUCAGCGAAGUUGACACAGCAGCUGCCAUUUCACUGCUUCUCUGCUGAGCGCUCUCACUUGGACGUGUGCAGACAGCAGAAGAGCUGAAUCAAAAUGACUACACCGGGUCAGGAGGAGAAGCGAUACGACCGGAGAGACACGACUCUGAAGUUUGUCAACAAACCGGAUGCUCUGGAUCCAUACCCCUCGGAGGAUGGAGACCAGUGUCUCUGUGCAGAGAUGUCCUGCGGUCAUGCAGUCACUCCACAGUCUCUCACUGGCUGGUGUCGCAGCUUGCUGGAUCAGGGCCAGUACAAGUUUAAGUGCCCUGCUUUAGAGGAUGGCACCUUGCAGAAGUGUGACGAAGAGUGGCCUUAUCAAGAGGUGCGCAGGCUGGCAGUGCUGACAGUUGAAGAGAUGGCGUACUUCGAAGAGAACAUGGCCCGUCUGGCUGCCACAGAAUACUGUGAAUUCAAAACAUGUCCUGGCUGUGAAACGUAUGUGGAGCGAGAGGACCAGAGCAACCUCAGCGUGAGGUGCCCAAUCUGCACGGACGACAAGCAGAAGGUUUACGAGUUCUGCUGGCAAUGUCUGAAGAAGUGGAAAGGCGCAGCUCCACGCUCUGAUCGCUGCGACAACGACGGCUGCAUCAACCAAGACCUGGAGAUCCUCAAGAAUUGCAAGACCACCGACCUCCCUCAGGUGGCGGGGGUCUAUGCGUGUCCCUCCAUCCGGGCCUGUCCCACCUGUGGUCAGAGGGUGGAGCACGACAAGACGGGCUGUAAGAACAUCAUCUGUCCUCGCUGUCAGGUUGAGUUCUGCUUUGUGUGUCUGAAGCUCACUCCUGAGUGCAUGCAGACCAGCUCCUACUUCAUCCCCUGCAGUGCUGGCGUGGCUCCCAGACAAACCUCCAUACCUGUGUGGCACCGGAACUAAGAGAAGAUCUGCACACAAAUUAAUGUAGUUUGCUUUCUUUUUCUGUCAUAUACUCUUGGAUUUCAAUGCAAGUGUAGAUUUAUAAGCUUAUGUGUUCAUGUAUAUCGUUAUCAUUGAAAAUAUCAGCUUCAUUUUGUCUUCAUGUUUUAUAAAGCACUAUUUGUAAUGUUGCCACUCAAGGCUGCUAGCUUACAAUGGAUCUCAUUUCAAUAAUAGUUGAUCAUUUAUAACUGAAUAAAGACAGUUUCCCUUUA